UUCUGCAUUCGUAAUUUGUUUAAAAAUCCGUAGUUUUUAUUCAAAUACUUUGAAUUAGGGAAGUUAUAAUACAAAUGAGCUUUUACGGACGCUGCACGAUUUGAGCUUGAGAAUGUCCAACUAUCAAUUGCAUGUAAACGAGACCAGCAUCUCUAUUCCGAGGGUCAUCACCGUCGACGGGGUGAACUACUAUGAAAUCCUGGUAAAGUGUGGCCACGUUAUGUGGACCGUCAACCGAAGGUACCGCGAUUUCGAUGAUCUGCAUGGGAAACUGGUGCAGGAGCGUAGUGUCGCGAAAGACAAAUUGCCUCCGAAAAAGGUGAUCGGAAAUAAAAGCCCAAGCUUCCUUAAACUGCGGCAGGAAGCGUUGGAACAAUACCUGAAGGAGAUGUUAAUUUUUCUGAAAGUGACCAUGCCGAAAGAGUUCGUAGAAUUCCUCGAGUUUCACCGGUAUGAUAUUAUAUUCAUCGCUCAGCACUUGGCGAACUCGUUCUUCCUUCGAGGCGAAACGUUUCUAGCAAAGUCUAAGAAGUACGGAUUCUCCGUUCUGGAGCUGCAUGCCAUCAGCGAAAGACUUAAGCUACCGUGUCCACAAACGGAAGUGGUCGACAGCAGUUUGAACUUUUCGCACAUCUUGGACUUUUGUUCCCAGCUGGAAACGGUAAUUGUUUUGCCCACGAAAAACAGCCUUCCGAUGAUCCUUUACGAUGAUGAUUCCGAUAAGUACAUUCCGCAAGCACUGCAUAAACCGAUUGGCAGCAGUAAUCUAAUACCGUCUCAGUUGCGAUACGAGCUAAGUGUGUUCAAAGGGCUGAAGAAUUUGAUCAUUUAUGGUAUUUCGACAGAAAAUGUAGAGAAUGUUGGUGGUCUUCGCGAGAGUUUGGUGCGAAUUGAAAUCUACAAGAGCGAGAUAAAGCACAUCCGUCAAAUUACACUGUGUGACGACAUUCACAAAAACAGUGUGCAGGAGCUGGAUCGUCUAAAGCAAUGGAAGAAUCUCAAACAUGCCGUCUUCAAGGAUAACCAACUGGCAGAAAUCGAUCAUACCGUGCGGUUGUUUCCUAAUAUUAAAGAUUUAGUGCUCGACAAAAAUCAAAUCGAAAGUAUUGGACAUCUUAGUCAUUUGAACAAUCUGCACGCGCUAAGCCUUCGUUGCAACCGACUGUCGGAGUGUCGCAACUGGCACGUACAGUUGGGCAACUUAGUGAGUUUGAAUCUAUCUCAGAACCGAAUACGUUCGUUGGAAGGCCUGUCCAAGCUCUACUCGCUCGUUAAUUUAGAUUUGAGCUGUAAUCUUAUUGACGACAUAAAUGAAAUAGAUUACAUAGGAAAUCUGCCUUUGCUCGAGAACUUACGCCUGAUGGGGAAUCCCGUGGCUGGGAGCGUUGAUUAUCGCGCCCGCGUUCUGUCCCGUUUCGGCGAACGCUUAGAGGAGAUCUAUUUGGAUAACGAAAAAGGAAACCAAUCGGAAUACGAUACGGCGCUGGUUCUGUCCGCUUUGCGUAUUUCGGCACAAAGUUCGCAACAAAAGCUGCAGACUUUACUUGAAACAGGUGCCGCUGACGGAGAGAGUAGCCUUGCCGGUGCAAGUGGUUCAAGUGAGAGUAGAUAACGUUGGCGCGCGUGGUAAUAUUUCCUGUUUCGUUCUCGUGGCAGUCUAAUUUGAUUGUAAAUUUUAUUUGUUCGUGUUAGAUAUUGUAGCGAGUAUAAUUUGUUUUACUUGAAAUGACCUUAUAGUGCAAUUCAGUACGGUGCAACCGACUGAAAUUUAUGUUUUACUCGAUUUUCCUUGUUAUUAAUUGUAUUGAGAUAAGGUUACUGUAUUGUAUAUAAAAUUUAUUGUAACUAUAAUA